CGACGACUAUAACGGUAACAUAACCGCAAUAGAACAUACCUAGAAGACACCGGUCAAGAUCCGUGCGUGGUUAUAGGUAAAGAGGUAGCUAGCGUGUACAAACACAGUGCAAGAUGAAGCAAGACCACGACAAUAGUGUCGCUUCCCCUCUGUCCAGGAGAGUCAACAAGCAGACAGCGUUGACAAAAGCGCCAAGGGUGGAGAAGAAUAAACAUGUAAGAAAUAUUGCAUCAAGUAUCAUUCGCGGUGAACAGGCGCCUUCUUCUGCAGCUGCUGCAGCUGAAGUUGUGACAACAACUAGUAAAAGCGUUAUGGACGAUCGCAGUACUUCUUCUGGGCGACGUGUUGGUGUUGUUCCGUAUGGACACACGAUGAUCACGAUGAGCAAACAGAAGGCAGUACCGUCUCCGGAUGCUGCAGAUGCCCCCGCUGCGUCCAGCUCUAUGCCUGCGGUAUCGAAGCACCUGGCAUCCACCUUUGGGCCGCCGGAGCAUUUUGCGAUCUUUACGGACGAGGAGAGAGAGUCCGAAGAGGAUCUGGGGUCGGAAAAGAAUCUUAUUGGUACAACGGGAAGCGACAUAGGCAUGCUUCUCGCAAACUCUGUGGUACCACCAGGAGACGACACGCAGGAGGAGCGGGAUGAAUGUGAUGAAAUUUUUCAUCACACUGCUGGUACUUCUAGUGGUACUCGUGCAUCACAAUCCGCUCUUUCAGCUGACGAAGACGUGCUCUUUCUCAACCACGAAGAAAUGUGCGCAAACGACGAGAGGGAGAAACGUGAUCACCAGCUCCGCAGGGAUAUGCUGCAGGUGCCCGAGGAACUUCGAAGUGGAAAUGCCACGUGUAAUGAAGGUGAUUUACCUACGGAGAUCUCGUCCACCUCUUCAUCGUCCCCCUUCCCGACAAAAGCCGUCCUGGAUUAUGUCCUCGAGAAGGGGCAGACGUUUGCAGUUAGAGGAAGCGAGUUUCUUGAAGUGGUCAACGAGAAGAGUGGCGACUUGCUGGAACUGAUAGCCACCGCGCACGCAGAAGGCGGGAGCAGGAGCUCUGGUGGUUGGCGGGAGUUUGAUUUGAAUAGCGUCUUGUGCGACAAGGACGAAAGGAAUUCAUCUAGCGGUACCUGCAAACUACAUUCGGAAGUGGCGAAAGAUGGGCGUUGGCAGGAUUUGCGACAACAGGAGCAGCUUUUUUCGACCACUUCGGGCAGUUCCAGUUCGUCCGGCUCCUCAUUUUGCGGGAAGCAUUUUGAUUUAUCCUCUUCCUCGUCAUCAACUUCAGGAAAUGAUGAAACCCCCUGCGGACGAGGUUCGGGAGCAGACUCGAGUCUUGGUGCUUGCCGUCCGACUUGCUUGGAUGUUCAGCGCGACAACUACCCGCACGAACCGCAACGUGAUUGCAGAAAAAGCAGUGGCAGUGCGGCGCUAACACACCUGAUCGCGCAGCCACACAGCAAAGCACGACAAGAAGAGAAGCUGUUGAAGUGCACCGGAGAUGCACUUCGGCAGCAGGUGACAACCCAAGCUGCAACUAGCGUCGCGUCUCCCCUUCUGUGGAGAAGAGAACCAAAGCCGGUCGUCGGCGCUCGUCACAAUAAAAAACAAAAAGCGACUGCGAAGAACAAUCAUCUUCACAAAAUGAAGACGAAGGCCGAGAAUCUUCAAGAUCAUCCUGAGCCAGAAUCUGCACGACCAGUGUCUCCCUCUGUCCAUGCUGUGCCUCCUGCGCAGGAAAGUAGUAGAACAGUGCCACUUCUAGCGCACCCUCCCGAGGAGGAGCAUCGAGGUCAACAUGACCUUAGCCGUAGUGCACGAUUGAUGUCUACGCGAGGUGGACACCACCUGCGCAAAAGCCCUUUGUCGACGGAGUCGCCAUUUCAACAGCACAGCUCCCAGAGCGCCCAGUCUCGUCGUCCAGAUACGACUUCGUCCACGAAAAACAACUACAACAAUGUCGGUAGCCAGCAGCAGCAGCACGUGUCCAUCGAACUGGCCUCUCUUCGCUUGCAGGAACAGGACGAAAACUUGCAGAAGCUGGAGCAGUUGACCGACCGACUUGACUUGCAAGCCCGGCAGAUGCGACUCGAAUUGAUCCACAACGGCGAUUCUUCGAGAAAUUCCUCAGCGCUCCAUCACGAACACCAUCAGCGGGAGUUGGUGUCAGAGGCUGGGGUCAUAAACUCCUGCACCUCUUCUACUGCAGUAGAGGGUUUCCACCUACAAGAUGAGCAUGCAGAUCUUCAACAAGGUCGAAACUACCUCCACGAAGUAGAUGAUGAUGAUGUAGAUCAGCAUCUGCACUUUCACCGCACAGAAAGUACCAUGGACAGGUAUACGCGGCGGCUUCGAGGCUGGCUGAAUGAACACCAAGAAACAUCAACGAGUGGGGGUGCUGCCGCUGGAAACUUUUUUAGUGGCAUUUCGUUUGAGGAUUUUUUCUCGAAGCUCUGUCUUCCGAGUGAAUUGGGCGAGCGUCAACGGGUUUUGUUUGUCUUAGUCGUUUUGUUUCUCUUGUUAUUUCUCUUGUUGGUAUUUAGCAGCAUAUUCUGAAUGCGAUCUGACGAUGGUGAUUGUGAUAGCUGUUAACUGAUGAAGUCGACACACCAGCAUCAGCAAGCAGGUGCUCUUAUUUCCACUUGUAAGAGCGGACCUGUUGUCGGAACCGCCUACUCGUAAUGUACCAUACGCUCCUUGAAAAGCACAUUGGGUUUGAAAUGAAAUUCUGUUUUAUGGAAUCCGAAUCUAUCUUGCGCCGAUGUGUUGCACAUCACAAUUUUCACGAUGCUACUAUUAGGGAUCAUUGUGGCCUCUGCCGACACAAAGACGCACUUUGGGACACGGUCCCGUGGAGAAGGG